CCAUUCAUUUUUUGAAAACGCCCACGACACGACACGGACCGCGGUGGUCCAGGACAGUUUUCGUCCAGGGGAGGGGUAAGCGCACCGUGCGGUGGGCGACCGGCGGAGCUGGUGCGCACGGGCGCGCGCCAUUCGGCUCGGCACAACCCAAGCACUCGAGAGAAGCGACGGCAGCGUCCCACUGCAGGGGGCAGGAGUUGAGGCGGGGCAGAAAGAUGGCGAUGGAGAUUCCUGCCGCGCGGCAGCAGCAGGUCUUCCUGCUUGCAUGCUUGGCGCUGACGGCUAUGGCCGCCGCCGUGAAUGCCCAGACAGUGACUGUUGGAGCAGGCAAGCAGUACUCUACGAUUGGCGGCGCUUUAAGCGCAGCAGGCCCCGGGACCACCAUCGCUAUCGACGCCGGAACCUACAGGGAGAAGCUGACCGUCAGCAAGAGCGGCAUCAAGCUGAUGGGAACAGGCGGGGUAGCAACGAUCGUGUGGGGAGAUACCGCGGCGUCGUCGGGCAGCACGCAGGAGUCUGCGACCGUGACCGUUGCUAGCUCGGCGUCGGGGUUCACGGCCGUGUCCAUUGGCUUCAAGAACGAUGCUGGACCCAACAAGAGGGGUUCCACCAAUCAGCAGGGAGUGGCCUUGUACGUGCUGGCGGACUCCACCUUCUAUCAGUGCACGAUGGACGGGCACCAAGACACUCUCUUUGCUCACGAGGGGAGGCAGUACUACAAGGGCUGCUGGAUCUCAGGCACCGUAGACUUCGCGUUUGGCGCUGGCACAGCCUUCUUCGAAGACUGCACGAUGUACGCGAAGAAGAGAGUGGACUCGAAGUACGCAACCUACACGGCCCAGCAGCGCACGUCGGCGUCCUCCAGGAGCGGCUUCGUCUUCCUGAGGGGAAGCCUCAAGUGCGACGCAGGAGUGAAGGCCUUCCUCGGACGAGGGUGGGGGCAAUACGCCAGAACCAUCUUCAUUGAGACGAGCAUGGAUGACUGUAUUCGACCGGAGGGGUGGACAACAAUGAAGAGCUUCAAGACGACGGACGACACCUUCUUCGCGGAAUACAACUGCACGGGACCGGGAUCAGACAGAAGCCAGCGCGUGUCCUGGGCCAAAGAGCUCACUCCGGAACAAGCGCAGACCUUCUCGAACAGAGGUGCUUUCUUGGGAGGCAGGAGACGUCGCAGCCGAUUCUGAAAUUAUAGUCUAAAUAGAAUCUAAGUGGCCGCUCCUGACUGAGGAAGUAGGAGGAGGAGAAAGGAUGUGACGUCGAAGUUUCUCGCUGUCUUUCUGCUUGUGCGUCCGUCUGUCUGUUCUGUGAAAAUCAAGUCACAGAACGGUGUUGUCCAGCAGGAGAGGGAGGAAUUCAUAUCUGGAAGAGGAGUAGGAGGUCUCUGGUGGAAGAGGACGAGGACGAGCAUAUUUUACGGUUUUACCGACAGAUAAACACAAGUCUGACUC